AUGGCUGCUAGUUCUUCAAAACUAAUGAGUCGUUUCAGCAUCCGAUCUAUUAGCCUACCUACCAGAUCGCAUCCUACAACUGCUGGAAUUGAGGAGGAGCUGAGCAAGUUCAAGAAAUGGGAGGACCUGUACACGCGGGCACAGGAUCUUCUUGAAUUGCCACUGACCCAGCAAGUGAUACCUCGCCAUCAACACGCGAGAUGCGUGGAUGAGUUGCAGGAUGGAUUGAUGGACCUGUUGGACAUCUGUGGCAGAGCAAGGGAUGUCAUCUCACAAAUCAAGGAACAUGGUAGAGAUGUUCAGUCCUCUAUGAGGAGGAGAAAUGGUGACUCAAACAUCCAAAGCAGCAUAGCUAAGUACACUUGCUUUAGAAAGAAAAUCAAGAAUGAUGCCAAGCAGUUGAUUGCAGUGCUCAAGAAAACAGAAAAUAAAAUUUGGGCAUCGCCACUCUUGGAACUAGAUCACCACGUCUCUUCGGUUGUUAGAUCACUAAGAGAGGUGGAGUUGGUGAGCAUCUCCAUCCUUCUUUCACUUCUCUCCUUCUUGUCUGUCCCGAUCUCAUUGCCAAAUUCUGCAAUACGGUCACUUGUUUCCAAAUUAUUGAACAAGGGGGCAGUAGCAUGUGAAAACAAACUGGAGAAUGUUAAGGACUUCCAAAGCUUAGAUGCUGCAGUGUAUGCCCUGUCCAAGGGUGAUUCGGGUGAAGGGAAUAAGAAGCAAGCUGCACAAAAUAGCCUCAAGUCUUUUGAGGUUAGCAUCGAAGACAUUGAGAAUUGUCUGGAGUGCUUGUUUAGGAGCAUGAUUAAAGCAAGAGCCUCUCUUCUAAACAUGGUUUCUACUCCAUUGUGA